GCGUGCUUGGGGGCGCUGAGGGCCGCUCGCCAUGGCUGGCGUGGAGCUGUACUCGCAUCCCGCGCUGUACACGCGCUACCGAGCUGGGUUCUGCUCCGCCGCUGCACUGGCGCUGUUGCUCAUCACGGCGCUCACCUAUGUGCCGCCGCUGCUCUUGGCCUACCGGAGCCACGGUUUCUGGCUGAAGCAGAGCGCGUACCUGGAGCAGCCCACUGUUCGUUUCCGGUACGAGGCUCUCUUCGUCGCCACCAUCGGGUCCAGCCCGGGCAGUUUCUUGGCGUGGAGCACAUUCCCAGCGUUCAACAGGCUCCAGGAGGACCGGCUCCGAGUCCCGCUCCUGUCGAUGAGAGAAGAAGACAAAAAUCAAGAUGGCAAAAUGGAUCAGUUGCAUUUUAAACUGGAACUUCCAUUACAACCAACAGAGCAUGUAGUUGGCGUUCAGCUGAUUCUACUCUUUUCCUACCAGCUAUAUAGAAUGUCGACAUUUGUGAUGCAGAGCAUGGCUUUUCUUCAGUUUUUUUCUCCUGUGCCAGGGUCUCAACUCUAUAUGAAUGGAGAUUUGAAAUUAAACCAGAGGCAAUUACUUAACCACUGUGGACUGGAUACCAGAUACAAUGUGUCUGUGGUCAAUGGCACAAGCCCUUUUGCAAGUGACUAUGAUCUGGCAAACAUCAUUGCAGCAUAUUGGGAUAGAAAUGUGACAACAGUCUUUUCAGAUCCCAGCCCUGUUUGGAUGACUGGAAGAGCAACGGAUACACCAUUUAUCAUUAAUGCCACUAUUCAUUACCCAGUGGAAGUUAUCUUAUAUCAGCCAGGAUUUUGGGAAAUUAUUAAAUUUGCCUGGAUCCAGUAUGUCAGCAUCCUCCUUAUCUUUCUUUGGGUGUUCGGUAGGAUUAAGACAUUUUUGUUCCAGAAUCAGGUGUUGACUACAAUUCCAGUAUCACCAGUUCUGCCUGUAUCUCCAGUACUAUCCUACAAACAGCACCAGUCCUGAAGAGAUGCCUGAGAAGACUUUAUAGAAAUGCCAUUCAAAAAUAGUUACCUGAUUUUAUUCUCUAUACACUUCUUACUUCAGAAGGUCAGAAUUUUGUAAGUAUAUUUUAAGUAUGCUCUAUUUGUGCAUUGUUUUUUAAAAUACAUGUUAAUUCACCUAAUUUCUUUAGGAACACUGCUUUGGAGCUGGAAAAGUUUAUAUAUUUGACAGUAAAAAACAGCCUAGUUAUUUUUUUGCAACUGGAAAAUGCAUCAAAAACCAUUUUGAAAACUGAAAAUAAAAAUAUGCUAAAAGUAACAACAUUAA